AUAAAAUUUUUGUUUUACUGUCACUUGUCAAUGUGUCGGAAAAUCUACUUUGCGAUCCUCGUCGUUAGUGUGGCUUCGGGUUUCCAGCACGGCUACCACUUCGCCAUUGUUAAUAACCCUUCAGAAGUGAUGCAGGAAUGGAUUAAAGAACUGAAAAUAAAACAAGAACGAAUAAAUCCAAGUCACGCCGGCGUGGAUCUGAUUUGGGCCGUCGUGGUGGCAAUUUUCUCCGUCGGGGGGACAGUGGGGGCGCUCAUGAUCGGCAUUUUUGCGGACAAUUUCGGCCGGAAGGGGAGUCUCAAGUGGAACGCUCUUCUGGUCCUGGUGGCGGCGGCGAUAACACUUUACUCGAAGAGGGCAGCGUCGUAUAAAGUGCUUCUUUUCGGGCGGUUUCUGGCGGGGGUUACCACGGGAUUGACCGGGGGGUUGUGCCAAAUGUACUCGGUGGAAAUUUCCCCCGAUGAGAUCCGGGGGGCCCUUUCUGGGGUCUACCAAGUCGCGAUUAGUUUCUCGGCGUUUGUUGCGACAAUUGCAGGAAUUUUACUUUCAGAAAAGGACACUUGGCAUUAUAUGUUUGUGAUACCCGUAUUUCCGGCCAUUUUUCAACUUAUUGCUUUAUCGUUUUGCCCGGAAUCGCCCAAAUUCCUCUUGAUCACACAAGGCAAAGACGCGGCGGCGGAAAAAGCGCUCAAAUGGCUGCGAGAAAAAGACGAUGUUGAGGAGGAGUUAGAUUUGCUGAAAGAGGAAGAUAAUCUUGUCAAGGAAUUACGAGGGACCUCUUUGACACGUAUCCUCACAAAUCCUCUCAUGACCAAUGCUUUGAUCUGUUGUUUAAUCCUGAAUAUAGCCCAACAAAUGUGUGGAAUUAAAACGAUAAUUCAAUAUUCGACCUUGAUUUUUGAAGAAAUGAAAUUAGGACGAAGAGUAUCCUUUUAUAUCACUACAGGAAUGAAUUUACCUGGUGUAAUUUCGUCUAUAAUUUUCUGUUUUAUUAUCGAUAAGUAUGGGCGACGUAAAAUGGCACUAAUUAGCUUGAUAGGCUUGACUGUAAUAACAGCUCUUAUUUUUAUUUCUCUAUUCUUAGCAAGAAGACAAAUUGUACCAGACAUGAAGUACGUUACUAUCUUAUCGUACUUUGUAUUCAACAGUUUUUAUUGCAUUGGUAUUGGCCCUCUGGCAUGGUUUAUCCCAGCUGAGAUGUUCUACCAUACACCUCGAACCAUAGCAGUUUGUUUAUCAGUUGCAGCCAAUUCCAUAUCUAGUUUUAUAAUAGGACAAGCGUUUUACGUUCUAAAGAAUGAAAUCGGUGUCUACACAACUCUCAUAUUUAUCGUUUUGGAUGUUUUUUCGCUUCUUUACAUCCAUCAACGCCUACCUGAAACAAACAAACUUAGUGCAAUAGAUGUCAUCAACAUGUAUAACAUUCAGCAAUAAAUUAUUC